CUGUUUCUGUAAUGGUUAUUUGCUCUUCCUCAAUCAAGCAGCAUCCGUUAUCGAGCUUCGUGCCAGUAACGACUUGUAUCCGACAGGGAGAGCACGUUUCUGCUGAAGACAUGUCUGUGACUGUAAAUCCAGCUUUCGAGAGUAACGACUUAGAUUCAAUACAGGCUGUCCACUUGAGAGAUGAACCCAUAAUAAGGAACAAGGAAACCCUACAAAAAUCAAGUGAUUAUCUACAAGCAGUAUAUAAAGCUUUGGGCACCUAUGUUUCCAAACAUCGACGAAUAUUCAAAUUUCUCUUUCUGACUUUGCUAAAUUCUAUAAUAUUAAUUUAUUUCAUUUUUGCCACCCUGUAUUGGAGGAAUAACAAUUAUGAGGAUAAAUUCGAUUGGUGCAACGGUUAUGGCAUGCUAAUCCUCAUAUUGGCGAUCGUUUAUGGCGCAAUUCUUUAUCACCUUGCUUCGAAAUAUUUCCUCGAGAAGGUAUUCAGCUAUUGUUCCCUACCAUGCAACAAAGUCGUCAAAAGUAUCCAAAGAACGAGAUAUGGCAGCCUCAUCGGCCAAACGGUAAUUUACACGUGCGUAUUUAUUGCCAUCAUCGCAUUCCUCAUUGUCGAUACUCUUGACUCGAAGGACAGAUUAAUGAGCGGAAUCGGAGUCAUCCUACUGCUGAGCUUUGGAUGGAUAUUCUCAAAGCAUCCAGAUCACAUCAACUGGAGACCCGUUUUGUCCGGACUGAUUCUGCAAUUUCUUUUUGGCCUGAUCGCGAUUCGAUGGUCUGUCGGUCGGUCCAUUUUCCAGUGCCUUGCUAACAAAGUAGAAACGUUCCUGAAUUAUUCCAAGAGCGGUGCAAGCUUCAUCUAUUCCGACAAGUUGGUCGCCGAUGGUGUCUUCGCUUUCACCGUUUUGCCUGUAAUCUUCUAUUUUAGCUUUUUCGUUCAAAUAUUGUACUAUUUAGGCGUCAUGCAGUGGAUUGUUCUUAACUUAGGUAGACUAUUAGAAAAGAUCAUGGGAACCUCGAUCUGUGAAUCAGUAACUUGCGCUACAAAUAUUUUUGUUGGGAUGACUGAAUCACCGUUAGUGAUCAAGCCUUAUUUGAACAAAUUGACUACCUCGGAAUUACAUACAGUCAUGUGUUCGGGUUUUGCUACGGUUUCAGGGACCGUUCUGGCCGCCUAUAUUAAUUUUGGAGCAAAUCCUGCUCAUCUGAUAACUGCUAGUUUGAUGGCAGCACCAGCAGCUCUUUGCUACUCCAAAUUGUUUUAUCCGGAGACUGAGAGGAGCAUGGUUACUUCCGAAAACAUCAAACUAGAGAAAUCAACAGAUUUCAAUUUACUAGACGCUGCGAGCAAGGGUGCUGUAGCAGCAAUACCUCUGGUCUUAGGCAUAAUCGCUAAUAUUAUCGCAUUCGUGUCGUUUACCAAAUUCAUCAAUGCUUUUCUUUCCUGGUUGGGGUUACUAGUCGGUUACAAAGAAUUAAGCUUCGAAUUCAUUUUAUCAAAAGUAUUUAUGCCACUGAGUUGGAUCAUGGGAGUGCCUUGGGAUAAAUGUGAAGAUGUAGCUACUUUAAUAGGCUUGAAAACAGUGAUCAACGAGUUUGUCGCUUAUGAAAUGUUAGGGAAGUAUAAGGAACAGAAGCGAAUUUUUGGCAGGACUGAGGCUAUAGCUACUUUCGCCAUUUGUGGUUUUGCAAAUCCCGCCUCUGUAGGAAUUACUUUAAGUGUGCUGACUUCAUUGGCUCCCGAUAGGAAGGAAAAUAUAUCCAAAGCUAUCAUGAGAGCAUUUAUAUCUGGUAAUAUCGUCUGUUUCCUUACAGGCAGUAUCGCUGGAAUGUUGGUAUCCGAUGAAUACGAACAGUCAAUAAAUGCUUUAUCAUUAAAUGCAACUAUUGAUUAAGGAAUGAUAGGCCAGUA